CAAAAACACACACACAGCCUUAUCGAUCGCAUUGAAAGAGACGAACGCGACUGCUAUAAACAGCAGUUCAUUUCCAGAGCCCCAACAAGCAGCACCAAAAAGCGAGUUUAAAGCGUAAUUAAAACACACUGAAUAACCAGCCGUAAAGAUGAAACUUUUCGUUGCUCUCGCUCUCUUUGCGAGCCUCAGCUCUCUUGCUUUGGCCAAGGAUGAAGAGUAUUGCCAAAACACUGUUAUCACCGCUUGCGCUUCGUCAGCCUUCUCCGGCAACUCCAUUUGUAAUGCCCGAUUCGCUGGCAUCGACCAUGUGGAGCCCGAGAUCCAGGCCUACAUCAACGCCCAGUUGACCAAGUCGUACGACUAUCUGUUGUUGGCCACCCACUUCAACUCUUACCAGAAGAACCGCCCCGGAUUCCAGAAGCUGUACCAGGGUCUCUCGGACCGCUCCUUCGACGAUAGCAUCGCCCUGAUCAAGCAGAUCACCCGCCGCGGCGGAGUUGUGGACUUCAACACCCGUCACGAGUCUCCGGCCUCGGUGAGCACCAAGCGCAACACUGUGGAGGUCGAUGAACUGCACUCCCUGGCUCUGGCUUUGGACACCGAGAAGCAGCUGGCCAGUGGAGCCACCCACGUGCACUCCCGUGCCACCCACGCCGCCGAUGCCGACCGGGACCCCGAGCUGGCCCACUACAUCGAGGAGAACUUCCUGGGCAAACAGGCCGACAGCGUGCGCAAGCUGUCCGGAUAUGCCAACGACCUCGCCAAGCUGAUGAAGGUUCCGGAUCCAUCUCUGUCCGUCUACCUGUUCGACGAGUACCUGCAGAAGCAGUAAAGACCGGGCGAUACACCCUCGCAACACUCCUACACUAUUCCCUCAAAAUUGCUCUCAUCAUCCCGCAAAAAUAUCGCAGUUAAAUCCCUUAUAAAUUAAUUUGUUUCCUUGGUUUGUUCAUCAAUAAAUCGCAGUGCAGCAGCAGCAUUAUCAAGCAGCCAAAAAUAAAUGAUUUACACCCCGGUUUCCCAAGUUCACCUUGAUUUACCAGCACACAAGAUUGUGAUAAUGUUAUCAUAAAUAAGUUAGCAACUCGCCCCAGCAAAUGUAUCUUUAGAUUGUAUGUUACCGCUUGAACAAAUAAACACAACAAAGUAACUAAAUAUCAACUAGUAAAA